UAGAAAUAGGCUAUAAACAUUAAAAUUAUAAUCCAAAAUUGGAUAUGUGCUUCUUUUAAAACGCUAUUUUCAUCAAAUGCUGCUCGAGUUCACUUGUUGCAGAUAAACAAUUUUUUUUAAGGAAGUGUUUUACAUGUAUGUUCAGCUUUCUUUUAAUGUUAUUUAAAAGCAAAAAUAUGGAUGACUUCAAAGGUCAAAUUAGCUCUUGUGUGAUUUUAAUGUCAGCAUAUUUAGGUGCAGUUCAUCCUAAUUUGGAUAUUCUGUGAAAUUGUUCCUAGUUCAAAAUGUUUUAGACUGAAUAAAAAAAAGUAAAAUCAAUGUCCUGCAUAGUAAAAACAAAUGAAAAGAAUUUAAAAUGACGCGUUGAAAUCAAAGUAAUAUUGAAUUCAUACUGGAUUUUUGCAGUGUUGAAAAAAAAACCUCAAAAUCGACGAAGGGGAAGUCUACAGAAAACAAAUCAGUCAUCUGGCGCCAUCUGGUGGUGGUAAAAAAUAACAGCAGCUUCUUAAUGAAUUUUGCGUAACUCCCCGUUAGUCCCGCCCAGAGCCCCACAGUCUAUUGGCCAACCAGAAUGUCAAUUUCAGAAUAAAAGCAUGUGAUUGGUCAGAGGAUGCUACCGGAAAAGAACGUGGGCACGCAAACACACCGUACGUUCAGAUUGUAUAACUCACUUUGCCAAACCUGCAAGAUGCCCACGUCUCCCGUGAAAACGCGGAUCCCUAUCACCAGUUUCGGGCAUUUGAUAACAGAGGUGAAGAAGCAGCUGUUUGGCAUCGAGGCGCCGUCUGCUGCAGAACUCACUGGAUGGAGGAAACAUUUCAACAGUUACACUCAGCUGGGUCGUCGAAACUAUGUGUUGGCUACUUACGGGAUCUUAGCGAUCACAGCAGCUGCCUAUGUGAUGAGCAGACGGAGCAGAGAAGACGAACAGAUGCCCGCCUCCACAACUUAAAAGCUUCUUACAUCAAUGUUGAAAAAAAUUCUUAGUGUUAUUUAUGAACUGAUAGUUAUUGAUUUGAAGCAGCAUGUAUGAUAAUAAAGGCUUUGCCCACGUUUCUUUGGUGUGUUUUUGAUCUUGUCUAAGGUUUCUCUAAAUGUAAAAUAUAUUUAAUUUGUAUACUUAUAUAUGUGUCUAUAUAUUUAAAUAUCUUGGAUUUGCCCAGGAAUGCAGAAAAAUACUAAUUUGGGCUUGUUAAAGUGUUUUCAGCUAAAUUAAAUUUCUCACAUUAGAGCAAAGUGGAGAUGCUGACACACAAUGAAGCUGCUUUAACUCCAAUUACUAUCUCUGAUUGGAAUGUUCAGCCUCCUUGCAGAAAACGUUUGGAAAUUAGCAGCAAUUCAAACAAAAGAAAAAUGAAACUAUGAAUUUCUUUGGUUUCUGCGGUUCUGUGGCAUUUGCAGUUACAGAGCAGAAGAAGGAAAUGUAUUCUCACACCACACUUUGCUAAACCAUGAAAGUAGGACAGUUGAGUAGAAGUAAGCAAGCAACAGCAACAAAAUACCACAACUAAAUGUCAUUUUGAUGUCACUGACUUUUCUGUUGGCCUGGGCAUCAUUCAUUCUCUGCAAAAGUUGAGCAUUUAAUUUUAAUCCAUUAAAACAUUUUGAAGUAAAUUCAUUUAUUUGUACCUUAAAGGUGUCACAUCCUUUGGAUUUGUUCUUUAAGAUGUGUGUGAUACCAUCAUGCAAAGUAAUGUUCCUAUUCCUGCUUAAACACAAAGCUAUAGAAUGAAAGCCUGCAGCAAUAAAGCUGUAUUUACUGCUCAUCAAUCCGUAAGAAAAAAUUGCAAAAAAUGUUCUGCACAGCUUCUGAAAAAGAAUGUUCCAGCUGCAAAGUUCAUGUGAAAUCCCAUAGAUCUGCAGAGCAGACUGCAAGGUUCAGCAUGUAAAGUUCUGACAGCACAUGUAUUACCACAAAACUCCCCCUCCUCUUAUAUAUACUUCUCAAGAUCAUCGAACUCUGACAAAACGAGGCAGAGCAUCUAUAAGUCAAUGAAAUGUAUUGACUGGUAUUGAUCCAGAGCAUCAAAAAUUCAAAAUCAUUAAUGUCUUUUUCAUUUCACAACUUUUUAUAUAUUAGUACAAUUUUUUAAUAAUUAUUUAUGUACACAAAUUCUUUAUACACAUCAUUAUUGAAUACUUAAAAAAAAGUAAAUAAAAAGCUUUUAUUUUUGUAAUUCUUGACUGCCUUUUGCUGUGAAAGGAAGAAAAAAAAACAAUGCGCGCUCGCGACACGGACGCGACGCGCACUCGUGAGAGCGCGCACUGCUGGCAGAUCACGUGAUUUCAGGGAAUCCACAGACUUAAAAAGAAAGCGAAAGUGCAACAACUGGGAGCACCUGAGGUAGGGGGGAGGGUGAGGAUGGGCGGGGGGGUGAGAGGGGGUAGUUUAGUGCGCAUGUCUGUAGAUUCUGUAUCAAUGAUGAAAAAAAAGUUUGGCUCCUCGCGAGCCAAACUCUCAGUUUGAAGCAGCUUCAGCUCUGAAGGUCCUGAUCUGAGAGCGGGUUAGUGUGACUUUCUGCAGGGGAGAAGCAGAGAGACGCACCGCUGCUCCAACCGGCAAUUUGGAUGACGGACUGCCACCCCCUCCUGCCCUUUUCCGCCCUUCUAUCAUCACUGCAGUUGGGAAGGGGCUUCACUGAGAAUCUAAGCAGCAUGGAGUCUCAGAGAAGACCGUGCGGCCAAUGACUGGGCGGGAAGGACUCAACGAUGGGGGAUCUGCCUGUGAGACAGGAAGGAACUGCGAGCACAGGCAGCCGAGGAGAGGAGUUUCCAUUCUAGGAUGGUCAGAGACAGUCUUAGCAGGACAGCAACACAGUGCCAGAAACAGAACAACCCAGCUGAAACAGAAAACCCGAGUGGAGAAGAGGGGGCGGGGCCUGAACAAUCGGAGAACCCAGACAGGCAGUCGGAGCCUCUGUUGUGGAAUCAACCUGUAGAGGAGUCCAAACCAUGGAUCCAGCCCGAGACCGGAGCUGACGCCGACUUCUUCACGCACCUCCGUCCAUUCAGCAGCGAAGAAGCGUACACACUCGUGAGGCACACGUACCAGCAGCUUCAGCACAGCGGGUUCUACUGGGGUCCAAUCACAAUGGAGGAGGCACAUGAAAAACUCUCACAUGCUCCUAUCGGAACCUUCCUCAUCAGGGACAGUGGUCAGCCAGACGUUUUCUUUACUCUGAGCUACCAAAGUGAAGAGGGCCCCACGAGUGUCCGCAUCAUCCUGGACAACCUUCACUUUAAUCUGUACGGCAGCCUGAGGACUUUUCCCUCGCUUUUCGCUCUGCUCACGUACUACACAAGCUCGUCGUGUAAGCUGACGGAACCGUAUCGCAAGCAGCGUCCGGAGCGCCUAAAGCAGAUGUGCAGGAGGGCACUCAUACGCGCGCAUGGAUCCGAAUGUACGAGUACCCUAUCCGGACUGAGUGUUCAGACAAAAGCUUACGUUCUCGCAUAUCCUCACUGCAUCUAGACACACCUGCUGCUGCUGCAUCAAGAUGUUUAACUUAUAUUUUUAUAAAUGUAUCAUAUGGUGAUAUUUGUAUGCUGCUGUAACAUACAGCUCACAUUUUUAAACCACUUACAUUUAUGUACAGAAUGAUUUAGACUGCACCUAUCGCAGAACAUGCACAAAACAUUUUUAUUAUCAUAAAAACACAUAACUCCAAAAUGUAAAACUAUGCAAAAUAUACAAUGACGUUUGCUUGCUACUGUAAUGAAGUAAUGUUGACUUAGGAUGAAUUUCUUUGUUUCUCAUUUGAAGCUAAAAGACAUUUCCUUUUGGUAAAAUAUUUAUCUUUAAAACUUUUUAGAGCAUAAGUCCCAUUAAUAUGACUUUUUAUAUUUUUAUAUUUUAUUUUUAAAGCUAUUACUUAAACAUUGAAAAAUUUGCCAACAAAUCUAACACAAAUAAGUCUUUUUGUUCGAGCCAUACGUUAAAAAUAACACAGAAAAGGUAAUUUGUGACUUCUAUGUUCCAAGAAACCAUUUUCUUGCCAUCAUUUCUCAUCUGAUUGUAGAUCUGCAUCUUUAAUGAAGUGAUUUAUGUAGUCAAGACAUUUCAUAUCUUUGUAGAUACUGCAGAAAAUGUAAGUUUUUCAUUUUUUUUUGUAAAGUUGAGCUGUCAGAUCUAAAAUACGAAACUUCUCAAUUGUUAUAAAUAAUUAUUAUAAAUAUAUUUUUGCUUAUUUGCGUGACUUUUACUCAGUUAAUUAAAUUUAAUGGUUCAAACUGUUUUUUUAGACAAUGAACAGCUGUGGUUACUGGUGGUUUUCUGUGGUACUGCUGGAGCGAUUCUUCACAAAACUUGAAUGAUGACUUCACAUAAAUAGAAUGUUUUAAAUGAUUUCAAUCAUGCUGGUUAACAUUUUUUUUUAUUCAGUGGUGUACAGAUGACAGAGUUGAAAGUUCGGGAACCUGCUGUGAUCAAGACUAGUUUUGUUUUUAACGAACUGAAUACCAAUAACAGAGAAAUAAAGCAAGAAUGUCAAAGA